GUCGUUGAGCGAAAACCUCCUGUCGUGCCCCCCAGCCUCAUUGCUCCCCUUUCAGGUUUUCCCUCCGCUCUUGGCGAAUCGGCCUCCAGUUCUGGAUUAGCCAUUUCCACGGCUCCUAAUGAACAUGUGUAUCCUGACCCUCGGAUAGACUUGUUUGCGCCUCAUCAUCCACCUAACCAUCCGGGAAACAUCCAAGCCUGGACACAGUUACAUCCUUCCAAAGCCUCCGUUAACCGGCCGACCGGAGGGCGGAUUAAUGGACAAUGUGUAAUAGAAUCCGGGGGAAUCCUGGAUUCCAACUGUACAGUUGAGAUGGCAGAUACAGAGAAGGGACUUGAGCCUGGCCUACUUGCAGGCACCUCCACCAGUCUUGGCAGUGCCAGCCUUACAAUGAGUUCAUUGGCCUCGGCUAGUCUCUCGAAUGCCAUGCAGUUGGCAACAGAGGAAGAUGAGGUUGAGGUUGAAGAAGAAGGCUAUGUAGAUGAUCAGGACCAUGACAUCGCAGAAGAUGACUUUUCAGAGCCAGAUAGAGACUGUAGGGAAGCGGAUGAAUUCAGUGAGCAGGAAAACGAUUCACACCUCGAUUGCCAAGUAGAUUUGCGACAAAUGAGACAAAGCAUGAGGCCAUCGAAUAGAUCUUCAUCAUUGCGCAAAAAGAAUGGUGAUAUCAUAUUUUCUUUUGCAUUUUAUUUCACUGGAAUGCUCUUGUCUAGUAAACCUAUGUACCAAUACAGUUGCCCAAUCUUUAGUUUAGCUACGACAACAAGUGAUUUGAAUAUUUUUCAUACAUGA